UUCUACAAGAAGGCCGCGGCAAAAAAUAUUCUUCUCUAAACAAUUAUGCGGAUUAACCGAUAUGAGCCGUUUCAUUUCCUUGUCGGUGUUCGCAUGAAUGGGUUGAAAUCGUUGGGGGAAAGAACUGUACUUUCAAAUACGUUCCAUAGAGAUACAUUCAUAUUCUUCUCAAAUCCUCAUCUUUUUUUGAAGUUUCCCGUGUCAAAUUUCCCGGAAGAAUUAUAAUUUUUGGCAUUAGUAAUGGCCCAGUGAGACGAAGCAAAUUCAAAUUCAUCAUUAUUGCUCCCCUUAUAUCGUUGCAUUUGCAUACUUCUUCCUUGUUCAGAGAUUGUAGGAGCCGAUUACGUGUGUUUUUUUUUUUUAACUUUUAAAUAACUGAUUAUGAGUGAGUUCCUGUUUAAAUCUGGUGCAUGUUACACCAAUACAUUGUUUAACGGAUUUCAGUCACUUCUCUACAUUCAGCGAUCAUUUCUAUCCAAGGACAGCUGAUUUCAUCGACGACAGAUAUAGAAACAGAUCAAACACUUUUAGGACUAGAUACUCUUGUUGCGUAGCUUAGUUUCAUGUGCUGUCAUAUCUACAAGCUUUGUCUCCAAAUAUUCGAACACUGUGGCUCUGCAGCAUGAUGCUGCAGUUCAGAUACAGACAUCGUGAGAAUGAAACAGACACAGUUUGCGGUAACCAGAGAUUUAUUUCGCACAAUGUAAAACGUUUAUUUUCCCUUUUUUCACUUGUUAAAGUGGUAUCAUUUACAGCAAAGGUAUUUUAGGAACCUCCUAAUUGAAAUUUUUAUACCAGUUCUUACUAUUAAAACAGUUGUUAUAAUUCUUAACGAGUUCCCAGACUUAAAUAAGCAAUGCAAGGAACCUUGUGUUCAGCUGUGGUAACACACUUUGUAAGCUGUCACAGGAACCGGUAUGGAAGACCUUGGGGAAAGUUACCGAUGAGAUCUUGGAAGUGGAAAGAUUGAGAGCUGACGAUUACAUAAAGUGAAAUCUAGAUGUAUAAUUAAGGCGGAGAAUAUCUGUCAUUUAUGAUCAGUCUUGACAAGUCUUGGUAACUUUCCGGCACUUAGAAAAAAGGCGCCUUGUUUUUGACAUCAAGUGACUCAAAACACGACCUUCUAAAUGGACUGAGUGUUGCAAAAACUAUUCAUUUUGGCUGAGGAAACAGCGAGAUGAGGACACUCACAUCGUAUUGCUCAACAAACAAAGGAAAUUCUGUCUUGAUCCUUCUCUAAAUUUCUCCGCAAGCUGCACAAUGAAAAACUCGUCCGCAUAUCACAAACUCAACUCAAGCGACGAGGAAAUUCCCAGUUUCGAUUUCAUGCCAGGAUUCGUAUAUCCAGUAACGUUGUGUCAUAUAUUUAUAGUUGCAGUCGCUGCCGUGGGAAAUUUUCUGGUUUGUUACGCCAUACUCGCUAACAGAAACUUGCGCAUCAAUCCGACGAACCUCUUUAUUUUCUCGCUGGCGUUGUCAGAUCUCUUAACUGUCACACUGGUUGUGCCAUUCGAUAUAGAAGGGAUCUAUCUUCAGUGGGUCUGGAAUCAUGGGGAAAUGAUGUGCAGAGCAUGGAUAACAAUGUACCUCAUCACCGUACCAACCUCAAUUUUGACCCUGUUGGCCGUAAGCGUGGAUCGAUACAAAAGCCUCAGUGAUCCUCUAAAUCGAUUUCGCCGUUGCAGAUUCAUGACAAGGAAAAGAGCAUUCUUUAUCAGCUUUAUGAUCUGGCUGUACAGUUUCUUGUUCGCUUUGGUUCCUGUCAUGGGCUGGCGAACAGAGAACAAUUUUGUCCAGGAUAACACAUGUUAUUUUCCUUUCCCUUCGCCUUAUUUCAUCCUUACCUCUGUUCUGAAUUUCAUUUUGCCACUACUGAUAACAUGCGCCAUCUACAUCAAGAUUUAUAUGAUCGCUUCCUCUCACCACCACAACGUUGAAGGAGACAACAGCCGAAAAUUGCGUACCACCGAAGAAAAAAAGAUGUAUUCCAGAAACGUAAGAGCAGCUAAGACAAUAUCUAUUUUUGUGGGGGCUUUUUUUUGUUGUUGGGUACCAUUUUCCUCCGUCAGCAUUAUCGCGUACAUAUGUGGCGAGUCGUGCGAGGGUAGUAUCCCCUAUGAAGCUCGCAUUCUUUUGUUAAUGUUUGGGUACCUAAACUCUGCGCUCAACCCGUUCCUUUUUGCCUUUCGUAAUCGUAGAUUUAAGGCCACCUACUCGCUGAUGAUUAAAUCACUGAAAGUUCGCUCUAAGCCCGAAAGCAAAAUUAGGCGCUCGACACUGACCCAAAGCACCAUCGGCUCCGAUGUUAUAGACUCGCAAGAUAAUGAUGUUCGUCUCCUAUCGAUGAGACCGAGGCGAGAGUGACCUAAAGGACAAAUACAACCCAAGCUUUGAAUAUUUUUAUGCAGCUUACAAAAUGUAUUAUUCUCAUCGAAAAACUGACGGAAACUUUUAACACAUACUCUUGAUAGAAGAAGUGGUAAGUAGAGGGUAUUUUUCUGGUUUCUUGAGUUAAUUGGCUUUGAUUGAAUGUAUAUAUCAUACACUCAAGAAGUGUUCUAAAAGGUUACUCCGAGCCUGGAAAGCGCGCAAAAAAAAUUUCGCCUUUCUUUGCAAAGGAUGCGGCUUAGCUGUGACUGCUGAAACAGUUUGAGAGGCCCCGCAUUAAAAAUUGGAUUUCUCUUAGAAUGGGCGCUUUUGAGGCGGUCAUAACGUAUUUAGAAAGAAACAGCGCAGGAUUUCCCGAAUUAAAACCGCAUUGUGAUAAAUGCUUAAGUUCGAAGUUUAUUAUCAGGUUAAAGGAAAUCAACAAAGCCAUAUACCGAGCGAUGAGCACUAAAUAUACUUUGAAAUAACAGAAAGUUGGUAUUGUUUGCCGCAGAGCUGUCAUAUAACCUUGAGCAACAGCCCAAUUCAUUAAGGGGAAAGUUCCUGGAGAAACUUUGGUGCUUCGUCGAUGGGGUAUUACAAGAUAGUUUUAUUUUAUCAACUGAGUUGAUAACGUAAAUUGGAGAGUAAAAAGUUGCUAUAGCUGAAGCUUCGAGCGUUAGCCCUUCGCCUAAGAAACUCAACCGGGGGUAAAUUUACAUUAUCAACUUGGUUGAUAAAACCAAAUUAGCUCUUAACUCAUUUCAUUCUAAUUUCCAUAAUUAGGGAGUAAUGAAAGUUGGAACGAGUAGGUGAGAAAAAAAUUGGAUACCGGUUGCAAUAAUUAGCUCAAAGCGGAAAAAGAAUCAGGACUAAAACAAUACAUCUGUAUUUUUAGCCCGAUUAAAAUAGUUAAUACCAUUAUGGUAAGAAGAUGCUUUAAUCAAAAUCACGCUCAACAUGCAGCGAGCAAUAACAUUAAGAAUGCUUCAUCGGCUACAGUUGUAACUUAAACGUAGUGUGUGUAUAUAGUUCACAGUGAAACUUGGCUUCAAUUGCUCCGAAUCAAUAACAUGAAUUAAGUUUAGAUGGCCAAUUCAAUGAGGCGAUUUUAACCAAGACUGAAGAGAAAUGAUCAUUGAAUUUUCUGAACAAAUUCUAUUUUUAGAGGGCCUGUAGACAAAGACGUCUUGUGUGUUAGGCGUUGUGAAGUUAACGAUGUAGCUAGCUUAGAGUAUCACGUGCAUUUGUUGUAGUACAUACAGUUAUAUCGAUAUUCAAGACUCAGACUGAUUUGUUUGAACGAGUUUUGAUCUGUACUUAAUUAACCGUAAAAAAAAUAUUGUUCUAUCAUCGCAGCCAUAUACUGCAUAUUGUAUCAUAACUGUUUAUCAUCAGGCUACAAGUCUUUGGAAUAAACAAAGAUAAGAAGAAAGUUAAGAAAGAAGAGAUUUUAGGUAAAGGUGUUCUGCCCUUUUAUUAUCCAACUGUGCUUUGUAGAAUACA